GUUCCGUCAUCAUUUAUAUGACAAGCUUCUUCACCUCCCCAAAUUCCAACUGUGCGGAGUCUAACAUCUAACUAAUCUCUAUAAAUAGUCAAAUCCCAUAACCGACGUAGCACCAACUUUUCAUCAAAUGGCAUCCGCAGCAACUUUAAAAGCGUUGGUACCGAUUGCUAAUGGCACCGAGCCAGUCGAGGCCGCGAUGAUCAUCGAUGUGUUGCGAAGAGCUGAGACAGUUGUCACGGUGGCUUCUGUGGAGGAACAGCUUCAAAUUGACGAGAGUCAUGGCGUGAAGAUCGUUGCUGAAGCUUUCAUUUCUGAUUGCGCUAAUACUACUUAUGAUCUCAUCGCUUUGCCUGGUGGUAUGGUAGGUGCAGCCAGACUCAGAGACACUGAGAUUUUAGAAAGCAUGGUGAAAAAGCAUGCUCAGGAGGGCAGACUUUACGCUGCAAUAUGUGCAUCUCCAGCUGUGGUUCUCGGACCAUGGGGCUUGUUGAAGGGAUUGAAAGCCACUUGCUAUCCAUCAUUGAUGGAGCAGCUGUCUGCUUAUGCAACUCCAGUGGAAUCACGAGUCGUGCAGGAUGGGAACGUUAUAACAAGUCGUGGACCUGGCACCACUAUGGAGUUCGGUCUUGUUCUCGUUGAGAACCUGUUUGGAAAAGAAAAGGCUUUGGAAGUUAAAGGACCACUGGUGAUGCGCCCCGAUCCUGGAGAGGCAUAUACUGUGGUUGAGAUAAAUCCAAUUGAAUGGACUUAUAGUGGUUCUCCGAAGGUUCUUGUACCUAUUGCUGAUGACUCGGAAGAGAUGGAAGCCCUUUCAAUCAUCGAUGUACUGCGGAGAGCAAAAGCAACUGUUACAAUUGCGUCAGUCGAAGAUACUUUGGAUAUUUCGGCUCGACGAAAAUCGAGAAUAGUAACAGAAAUGUUUAUUGAUGAUGCUGCCAAAUUUCAGUAUGACUUGAUUGUGUUGCCUGGUGGACUUCCCGGUGCCAAAAAGUUCGCAAGCACAGAAACUCUCAUUGGAUUACUAAAGAAGCAGAAGGAAUUAAAUAGACCUUAUGGAGCUAUCUGUGCAUCCCCUUGUUAUUGUCUGGAGCCCUGUGGCUUACUCGAGGGCAAAAAGGCAACGGGAUUUCCACCAAUGGUCCACGAGCUGUCAGAUCAAAGUAUGAUUGAAUAUAGGACCGUGGUUGAUGGAAAUUUAAUAACUAGCAAAGGACCAGGAUCUGCCUUGGAAUUUGCACUUGCAAUGGUAGAGAAGUUCUUUGGACGCGAUAAAGCAUUAGAGCUGUGCAAGGCGAUGCUCGUUUAAUAUCCCUGCAGCAGUGAACAUGCCUUUUUUCCUUUAUCGUACUACAAUGAAUGCUGAAACUUGUGAGUUGCUCAUGCAAUGUAAUAAAUAUAAGUCAUGCAGUUUGCCUAAGAUUUUUAUUGAUGUAAGGAGAACCUCGGUUAUUUCCUCCACAUUAUGGAGAUUGUUCUUGAAUAUAUGCAGUUGGUGUGAUUUCUCUUCA